AUGGCCCCGGAAGACCAAAUCAUCCUUAUCACUGGAGCCUCCGGUUUCUUGGCUUCCCAUGUCGUGGACUAUUUUCUGCGCGCUGGUUACCAAGUCCGAGGAACCGUUCGGUCGUCCGCAACUGCUGAAAAGGUUCGACAAACCUUCUCUGACUAUGCGCCUCAAUUAAGCUUCGUUGUUGUUGAGGAUGUCGCUAGUCCAGGGGCCUUUGAUACUGCAGUUGAAGGUGUUCAUGGAGUGAUCCAUACAGCUGCUCCAUUCCAGGUCUUUGGGGUUGAGGAUAAUGAGCGGGACCUACUCAAGCCGGCCAUCGAUGGGACGCUCAACAUUUUGAAAUCUGUCCAUGAAUUUGCUCCCCAGGUCAGACGCGUUGUCCUAACUUCCUCGUUUGCUGCUAUGGCAGACCAUAGCAAGGGCAAGUGGACUGGCCACGUCUACUCCGAGCUUGACUGGAACCCAACCCCCUACGAAGCUGCCGCGGCCGAAGGUGCUCCAGCCGGGUUGGCCUACUCGACUGCGAAAUCAUUGGCUGAGCGUCAUGCCUGGGACUAUGUUAAGAACAACAAGGUUAACUUUGAUAUCACUACAAUCAUGCCGCCAAUGAUAUAUGGCCCUAAUAUCAACGCCACUGCCGACCUUGCCAGGUUAAAUUCCUCUUCUAUGGAUAUUUACCGCUUUAUGUCGCCACAGUCGAGAUCCAGCGAUCCAGUGCCGGAGAAUAUGUUUUGGUCAUUUGUGGACGUGCGUGAUGUGGCUGAGGCACACUUGCGUGCCUACCAGGUGAUUGAAGCUGGCAAUGAGCGUUUCUUCAUUUGUAAGAGCAACUUUACAUACCAGCAAUUUGUGGAUGCUUUGCGGGCCAACCUUCUGGACAUCAAAGGCCGAGUGCCUAUUGGAAAUCCUGGCGCCGGAGAAGUCCCUUCUGAUGUUUACACCAUCGACACAUCCAAAUCGCAAAGAAUCCUGGGCUUGAAAUAUCGUCCUUUGGAGGAAGCAAUUGUUGAUGCUGCACGGUCUUUACUAAAAAUCGAGGCUAUGAGUGCUUAG